AUGACAGACAGAGACAGACCAGCAGCAGCAUGCAGGGUCCCAGAGGCCCCGGUGGCCGAUACCGAACAGCUGGUGGUGGGUCAGGACGCAAGGGACAGGAGACUGAAAUACAAACGCUGGGGCGGGAUCGUAUGCUCCCUCCUCUUCAUCGCCAUCGCCCUCACCGCCGCCCUCUGGCUCCCUUUGUUCGCUCGUGAUCCUGAUAACAAGUACAAGAUCCCUUCCAAGAUUGUUGUUGCCGAUAAGCGGGUUUUCCUUUCGUUGGGGUAUCCUGCUUUUGGAAGCGAAGGGGUUGCAGGGGGUGAUGGUGGUGGUGGUGGUGAUGCAGGGGAGUUGGUGAGUUUUGUGCAGUUGGAGAGUGAGGCGAGUGUCAAGGAUGUGACGAUUCAAGUGCUUGGGGUGGAUUUUACGGAGCGUCAGCGUGAGGAUGACAAGUACGGGAAUGACAGGCAUUAUGUCAAUAUCCUCCGCAAUGACGGCAAGAACAAGGACAGGAAGGACCACCCCAAAGACGGUGAUAACGAUGAAGAUGAUUUGGAAGAGCCAGGAUUGAUGUUUGGAAGCACUAAGGGCGAGACAGGAACCCGUAUCCACUUCCGAGUCGGCAGAUCUAAACGUCAUCCAAUCGAACUAGCCCAACUCCGGCUCAAGAUCACGGUGCCCUUGAAAUUUGAUGGAGAGCUCAGUAUUGAGGGGACGCAGCUUCGUGUCGAGUCCGGCGUUUCGCUUGCCCAGGCAAAGUUCUCGUUGCUACAUCUCACUGCGCAUACGGGCGAGUUUAUCCUCACUGGCUCUGCCAGUGAUGGCGAUGAUGGUGGCAAGGAAAACGGUGACAGGAGGUCCCCGCAUGCAGGAAGUGGAGGUAGGAAGAGACGAGGCGACGACGAACCCGUCCUGCGCGUCUCGACCCUCAACGCACAGAUCACCCACAAGGGCUCCAUCUCCGUCGGACCCCUCAAAUCCGCAGUCUCAGGAAGACCCAUCCGCGCCCGCCUCGAGACCCAACAGGGCGACGUCUCCCUCACCGCGGUUGCUACCAUGAUCACCCCCACCAACAAGGACGAGCCCUGGGAAUACCCAGAAACAGAAGAGCUCGUCUAUUUCUUUAGUCCAAUCUCGCACAGUAAGGGCGAUGUCCAUGUGGAUAUUCGACAGGGAGAGCUGGAUGAUGAGGAGGAAGGAGAAAAUGGGUAUUGGAUUGGAGUGAUAUGUGUGGAGGCUGAUGCUAAGGAAGGGUCCGUGACGGGACGGGUUGAUUUGAACGAUUACCAGUUUGCUUCCAUUUAUGCUAACAGUUAUGCCGACACCAUUCUCGAAGUCGCGGAUUUGUUCUUCGGAGACGUGGCAGUAACAUCAUCGCACUCACGAAAGGCCACCAUCCUUCAAAAGGACGACAGCGAGUCCGUCAUCCGAUACUCUCACUCAGAACCGUUCAAGAAACUCGGCCACAAGGGAUUCCCCGACAGCGAAGACGACUUUUCACUCGGAAACGUUGGUCUUCAUUCUACCCAUGGAUCCUCCACCCUUAUCUUUUCUUAG